GAUCUCAUUUCCAACGAAAAUGGCUGAACUCGAACCACUAAAGGCAGAAGUCCCCGACAAAAAAACACUCAAAGAAAAAUACCUUUACAUAAAAGAAAACGCAACGGUCGAACCAGUUUUAGCUUUCUACGUGAUACCUAGUGUUCUGACUAAAUUAGCUAGCCAAAAUCUUAGUCUUGAUAAAGCUUGUCGAGUCAACAAGAACUACGGAGAGGAAAUCUGUGAUGCUCUUCUAAAUAGAGAGGGAACAAAGUACUUAAAAGAAGAAUUAGAUAUCCAAGAACUGAUAGCUGGUAUAGAAACAUGGAAAAAUGUAUUAUUAACUGCGAUGCCAAGUUUCUUAAUACUUUUUCUCGGGGCGUGGAGUGAUAGAACGGGAAAGAGAAAAAUGUGUAUUCUCUUACCAAUAAUAGGAGAGCUUCUCGCAUGUAUCAGCAAUUUGGUCAACACGUAUUUCUUUUAUGAGCUUCCGGUAGAAGUCAUGGCGUUCUUUGAAGCUUUCUUACCAGCUGUUACUGGUGGAUGGGUUGCUACUUAUAUGGGAGUGUUCAGCUACAUCAGUGAUGCGUCCAGUGAGGAAACUAGAACAUUUAGAGUGGGCAUCGCCAACCUCUGUCUGACGGCUGGUUCUCCCAUUGGAUCAGUAUUAAGUGGUAUUAUUUUGAAGCACGCUGGCUACUACGGAGUGUUUUCUUUGAGCUGCUUGCUAUAUUUUAUUAGUAUUAUUUAUGGUUUCGUGAACAUAAAAGAUAAAGUACAAAGUUUUCCGGAGAAAAAUGAAAAGGAAGAAGCUAAGAGCCCGUGCGGCUUUCUUAAGUCGUUCUUCGACAUAAAGCACGUCAAGGACACUUUAAACGUCGCAUUCAAGAAAGGACCUAAUCACCGUAGGACAAAGUCUAUUUUGAUACUAGCUAUGAUCGCUUUCAUUUAUGGAUCUUCGACUGGUGAAAAUACAGUGAAAUAUCUUUUCUGUCGCUACAGAUUUAAUUGGGAUGCUCUGAACUACAGUUUCUACAACACGUUUUACAUCUGCAUACACUUAUUGGGUGCAUUCAUUUCAAUAAGUCUGUUUAGCCGCAGAUUGCAAUGGAACGACUCCGUUUUAGGACUGAUUUCGAACUGUAGUAAAAUAAUUGGAAGCCUUGCUACUGGAUUCGCUAGAAACACCCAAGAAAUGUAUAUAGCUGUCGCAAUAGAAACUUUCAAUGCUACUUCUUUCACAGCCAUGAGAUCUAUUUCAUCCAAACUAGUCUCAAGUGAUGAACUGGGAAAAAUGAUUUCAGUUUUUAAUCUUAUAGAAGUCUUGACGUCCAUGACGUUUAGUCCGCUUUAUUCUUGGAUCUACAUGUUCACCGUUAAAAUAAAUGCCGGUAUUAUUUAUUACGUCAGCACUAUUCUGGCUGUGCCACCUGUAAUCAUUUUCGGAUGGUUCUAUCUACAGCAUAAAAAGAGUUGUCAAAAAACGAAAUGUACCAUUAUUAUUGAGCGGCUAGAGAAAAUCGAUAUUGACAGUGACAAAAUCAAAUCAAAGAAUGACAACACAUGAUACACAGAAUCAACAAAUAGAAAUUUUGUAAUAAUAAUAUUUGGAGAAUUCAAAGUAAUAAAUAUUUAUAUUGUAAAGUAUAAUAAUAUGUGAAAACAUCUUGUUUAUUUAACUGAAAGCAACUAUAAACUGAGUUGUAAUUCUGAAGGGCAAGUGAUGAUUAUAAUUUAACCUUGCACCGAAAUUUCCUUAGUAUGUGUUACAUAAUUUAUAAACAAUUGGUUUAUUUAAAUAAAGUGUCAUUAGAUACGUCUCCGUACUCCUUUUUCUUAUAUGUUUAAACGUCUUAAUAACUCAAGUGAUUACAUAAAAAGGAUUGUACAGGAUAUAUUUUUUUAUCUAUGCAAUAGCCAACCGAUAUUAUAUUGCCAUAGCCAACUAUGAGGUUAGUCAAGAAAGUAGCUUUAACAUUUUGUAUGAUAU